AUGCCUCUCGAAUCAUGUAUGCUAGUGCUCGAUAACAGCGAGUAUAUGAGGAAUGGGGAUUAUCCACCUACACGAUUUCAAGCUCAAGCAGAAGCUGUAUCGACUGUAUUUACAGCAAAGACAGAUUCGAAUCCUGAAAGUGCAGUUGGAUUGAUGACUAUGGCUGGAAAGUCCCCAUCAUUGUUAGUGACGCCAACAAACGAUUUGGGUAAAUUACUAUCAUCUUUAUCAAAAGUUCAAAUAUCAGGUAUAUCAUCAUUAUCAACAUCGAUUUCAAUCGCUCAACUAGCCUUGAAACAUCGUGAGAACAAAAAUCAACGUCAACGUAUUGUCGUUUUCGUUGGAUCACCAUUAGAUGAUUCAGCAGACAGUUUGAUCAAAUUAGGUAAAAAAUUGAGAAAAAAUAACGUAUUGAUUGAUAUCGUUACUUUCGGUGAAGAAGGCAGAGAGAAUGAUGAGAAAUUAAGAGGAUUAGUCGAAGGUGCCGGUUCGGAAGAAUCUCACCUUGUAUCUAUCCCUCCAGGACCACAAUUCCUUUCCGACGUAAUCCUAUCCUCACCAAUCCUGUUCGACGGAGAGAGUGCUGUUCCAGGCGGUUCAGGUGGAGGUGGAGAAGGUGGUUUCGGUGAUGAUGGUAUUGAUCCUAAUAUGGAUCCAGAAUUGGCUAUGGCUAUUCGGAUGUCUUUACAAGAAGCUCAAGAAGCAGCAUCACGUUCCAACCCACCUGCGACAACCUCCACGAGUGAAACUCCAGCUGUAGCUGCAGCUGUACCUUCUGCAGGACCAUCAGCGUCUACCCCGCCAGCGGAAGGUGCGGCUUCAGGCUCAGCAACGCUUUUACCUUCCGCUAUGACAGCCCCAUUAUCAAACCCAAACGAUUCUGAUAUCCCGAUGGUUCCAGGAGACUCAGGAAUCACACCCAAUGACGACGAGAAUGACAACGACGACGAAGACGAGGAACUAAGGCAAGCAAUGGCUUUAAGUAGGGGUGAAGACGUUGAUAUGGAUGAUGAUGAUGAAGAAGAUGAGGAAGAAGCUAUCGCAAGAGCUAUAGCGAUGAGUUUGGAAGGAGGUAAAGAUGAUAAUAAGAAAGAUAAUAAGUAG